ACCAUGUAAUUGGGGAAUUGAAACCAGGUGUGUAAAACAAAUACAAAACAAAUGGAAAAUGAAAAGUGGAUCACGAAGGCUAGAAGGUGGAAGUUGUGACAACCGUAGAGUUACAACAGGACAAUGCAACUGUACAAAGGUUAACUGAAGAAGCCUACUCUCAUUAACCCGUAAACAAAAAAAUUGACACGGUUUACGUGACUUCACUUAUAAAAAUCUAAUCUAAUUCUUAGAAAACGUCCUCGGUCACCUUCCCUCACUCUCAUUUUCCUAUUGACCACAAUUGGUUUCAGCUGUUUUUCCCCUUAUCAACCGUUUUCCGAUAACGUUUUUUCUAAAUGGCUCAACAAGAGUAUAAGCUUCUCGGUGAGCAGUUGUUUACAUAUAAAGGCCAGGUGUUUCCCGUGGCUGACACGUAUGAAUUAACCACGGAAUAUAUCGACAGCUUGGAACACUUUGAGAUCAAGGACAGUGAUGUUUUCCUUGUCACUUUCCCCAAAUCAGGUACAGUAUGGACCCAGCGUAUCAUCACCCUGUUGUUUGAGGAUGAUUUCCCAGAGGAGGCUAACCAGACCACCUUUGUGAGGAUGCCCUGGCUGGAGAUCCUGGAGAAGGGGAAGACCUACACCGAGAGACCCUCUCCACGCCUCUUCUGCUCCCAUCUACACCAGGAACUUAUGCCCAAGGGCCUGCAGAAGAAGAGGGCCAAAGUGGGUGGGGUAAUCUAUGUGACCAGGAACCCUAAAGACAUCCUGGUGUCUUACUUCCACUUCUCUAAGUUCAUGAAGAAUCUGGACAGUCCAGAACACUAUGACGAGAUGCUGGACAAGUUCUUCUGUGGAUGGAUGCUUGGUGGCUGCUGGUUCGACCAUGUCAGAGGAUGGUACAACAACCAGGACAAAUACAACAUCAUGUUCCUCAGCUAUGAAGAGAUGAUCAAGGACCUGAGAUCGGUGGUAGAGCGUCUGGCUGAGUUUGUCGGGAAGAGCCUAUCUGAUGCAGCUAUAGACAGCAUAGUGGAGAAAGUCACCUUCAAUAACAUGAAGAAAGAUGACAAGGCCAACUAUGAGUUAUUGCCUGAGAUCGUCAAUGACAAGAAGAAGGGGAAGUUCCUACGCAAAGGUACCAUAGGAGACUGGAAGAACUUGUUGACGGUGGCUCAGAGUGAACGCUUUGACCAGAUCUAUCAGGAGAGGAUGAAGGACCUGUCUCUCAACUUCGUCUGGGACAUCACAGAGCUUCACGGCUGAUACAGACACACAGUGGUGUUUCUAGUUUGUACGGCUCCUUGGGCUAACCAUCCCUUCGGCGCCCCCUCCCCCCCAAAAAAGCAUCAUUCAGCACUAAAUAAAUAAUUACAACAUAUAAAAAUACUAAAAUAAGACUCAUAAAUAUCAAAAAUAAGUAACAAAGACAAAUAUAAACAAAUUGUACAAAUCCUAUAAUACACAAAUAGAAUAACACUCUUAUAAAGAAGAGAACCUGAUUAUUACACUAUUGAACUUCAAACAAGAAACACACCAACUAAACUGCACAAUCAAUCAAUCAAAUUUAUUUUAUAUAGC